UGGAAGGAGAGGGGUUUUUAUUAACCCAUUUCAAUCAUUUGAGUUUUAUCAACCCUAUUGAACUUCUUUUGCUAGGCAGGGGCUGCCCAAAUGUGGGUGUCGUCCACAAAAAGAACUCAGCUUUCAAUUAAAUCCACAGGUAACAAGGCACUACCACUUCCAACAAAGUGGUUGUAGGUAUGCCGUUUCUAAAAUUCACAUGAUGGGAUCUUAGGGGUUAAUAAAUGGUGAAAUAAAGAACUGUUUCUUUCUCGGGGGUCAAGCGAGUUGCAUAAUGGGAAGCAUGGCUUUGAAAAUGAUACCUGCCCUCACUUUGUAUUUUGGUUGUUGGCUUAUUCGCAUACUUCCAUAAUUUACGCAAAGCAGAGAUACCCCACAAGCACCACCCCCUUUUCAAGAGUGCUCCAAAGGCCUUCACAUUGGGAAGUCUCCAUCAAUAUAAUCCCUAAUUCAAAUGAAAAAAAGCACGCUGAAUAUGAUUUCACUUGGAUCCUCGAGUCUUGCUGAUUCCUAUCGAAGAUGGUUUCAUUUGAAUCCUUGAGUCGAUCUGCCUCAUAUGCUUAAUCGAGCAAAAGAAAUGCAGAGUCGGUACCUCACCUACUAAAAGCUCCAAAUAGGCAUGAUAUGAAACGCAGCGAGGGAGAGAAAGUGGCAGAGGCCCCAUUACCAUUAGUAGUCAUAAACUAAAAUCAAGAUUUGACAACGCAUGAUGGGGAACAUGUGGUUCAAGCAUCUGCAUUUGUGUGCAAAUAUUUAAUCAUGACAAUAUUUAGUUUGAGGGUCCCUUUGAAGCCUUCAAGAUUAUCUUAUUUGAAGGACGAUUUGGUGCUCCUGGACAAGAUUAUCUUAUUUGAACAAGCAAAACCAAUCGUCUCCUCUUAGAACUAAAAGUAGCCCCUGAAAUUCUGUCAAGACUCUGUCAGAAAAUCAUACCAUACUUGAAAUCAAAUAGAAAGAGUUGAAACUUCCCUUACACAUAACCGUAGAACUGAUCUCUGAGUUAGCUGUGUAAAACCACUUUACAAUAUACGCCACAAUAAUAAUAAUAAUAAUAAUAAUAAUAACAAAAGAAUGACAGACUCAAGCUGUGGAUACAUCUUUUUUGUUGUUGUAAGGCAACAGAAGAUAGAGAAGCGUCAUAGCAGUACUUUCAGGGCUCUGAAUUCUGAUAAAGCAGCCUUGUAUUCUAUUUGUUUCUUCAUUUUCCAAAAAACAAUCUUUUAUGCUUUGAGUGUGUCCUACCAAAUCAUGCUCUUGGGCAUCAACCCAAUUGCAAAAUGAAUUAAUUCUAUUCUAUAUCAGGCCUGCCCAGUAACAAGGCUCAAGUAUGAUGGCGAUUUUAAAUAUAAGAUUGCCUGCUUAUUUAGUGCCCCAUUCAUGCCCUCCCCCAUGUCUUUUUCUCCGCUGAGCAACAUUUUAAAGACCACUUCCUCUACGUCCUUCUCUUUGUUGUCUCUCGUUGUCUAAACCAUGCUUUCUCCAACAAGGAAGGCCAUGACAAUGGCUGCUCUUAUUCUUCAUCUUUGCAUUUGCAAGGAGAUUGUUCCCUCUUAUGCUCAAUCUGACAAGAUUAUCAGCCUUCCAGGGCAGCCCCCAGUGGGGUUUCAUCAUUUUUCAGGUUAUAUUCAUGUAGAUGACCAAAAGCACAGAGAACUGUUUUACUACUUUGUUGAGGCAGAAACUGACCCUUCUUCGAAGCCUUUGGUUCUCUGGCUGAAUGGAGGGCCUGGCUGUUCUUCCCUGGGAGUUGGGGCGUUCUCAGAAAAUGGACCUUUUAGGCCAAACGGGGAGGCUUUAGUGAAAAAUGAAUACAGCUGGAACCGAGUAGCAAACAUGUUAUACUUAGAGACACCAGCAGGAGUUGGGUUCUCUUAUGCUCAUGAUAGCGCUUCUCAUGGGACAAUGGACGAUGAGGCCACAGCAAAAGACAAUCUCAUAUUCUUGCAAAGGUGGUUCAAUAAGUUCCCUCAUUACAAGCAUAGAGCUAUAUUUCUAACAGGGGAGAGUUAUGCAGGUCAUUACAUUCCUCAACUGGCAAGGCUUAUGACUGAAUUGGACAGAAAGGAGAAGAUAUUUAAUCUGAAGGGAAUUGCUCUAGGGAAUCCGGUUUUAGAGUAUGCCACAGACUUGAAUUCAAGGGCGGAGUUCUUUUGGUCGCAUGGAUUGAUAUCAGACUCCACUUACACAUUGUUCACUGCUGCUUGUAACUAUUCCCGAUACGUUAGUGAGUACUACAGAGACUCCAUCUCAGGGGUUUGUUUGAGGGUGAUGACCCAAGUCAACACAGAAACCAGUAAAUUCGUGGACAAAUAUGACGUUACUCUUGAUGUCUGUAUUCCUUCAGUGCUCUCGCAGUCCAAGUACUUAAGCCCACAGCAUGUCCGAGAGAGGAUAGAUGUUUGCAUUGAAGAUGAAACUGUUACAUAUCUGAACCGAGAGGAUGUGAAAAAGGCUCUUCACGCCCGUCUUGUCGGAGUCCACAACUGGGCUGUCUGCAGCGAAGCCCUGGACUACGAGCUUCUCAACCUGGAAAUUCCUACCAUUUCCAUUGUUGGGUCACUUGUUAAAGCCGGCAUACGGGUCUUGAUUUACAGUGGCGAUCAGGAUUCAGUAAUUCCAUUGAUGGGUAGUCGUCGGUUGGUUGAUAGGUUGGCAACAGAGCUGGGUCUUAACACUAGUGUUCCAUACGGUGCUUGGUUCCAGGGAAAGCAGGUCGCAGGUUGGACCCAAGUUUAUGGUGGUAUCCUUUCAUUCGCGACCAUUCGAGGUGCCUCUCAUGAAGCACCAUUCUCGCAACCUCAAAGGUCACUUCUGCUAUUCAAGUCGUUUCUGGAUAACAGGCCUCCACCCCAAGUUUUCUGAUGCAGACUUAAUGUAAAAGAGACGAUCAAGCAUUCUUGGCAAUGAAAAACAACCUCCCAUUUGCAAUUCA